UUGCAGUUUACGUUUUUGCAACAGGGCGUAGGAUUCGGGUAGACGGGCAGGUCGUGAAAAACGAGAAGGGGCAACGUUCUGGGUGGUUGGCGUUCUUGCCUUAAAAGCAACGCAACUCUUCCAGAUCCGACACUGCUUGGUGGUACUUCUCUCCAUUCGGCCUCUUUUUCCGGUUAUUGAAGGCGUGUUUCUGUGCUUUAGGAUCGGUUUUCCAGUGUCUUGUAUACAGAAAUUGUAGUAGAGUUUGUGAGAACUUGUUUUAAGAUGCAGAUUUUUGUGAAGACCCUGACCGGUAAGACCAUCACCUUGGAGGUCGAGAGCUCGGAUACUAUCGAUAAUGUGAAGACCAAGAUUCAGGACAAGGAGGGCAUCCCUCCCGACCAGCAGCGGUUGAUCUUCGCCGGUAAGCAGUUGGAGGAUGGUCGCACCCUUGCCGAUUACAAUAUUCAGAAGGAGUCGACGUUGCAUCUUGUCCUGCGGCUGAGGGGAGGGAUGCAAAUCUUUGUGAAGACGUUGACGGGCAAGACAAUCACGUUGGAGGUCGAGAGCUCGGACACUAUCGACAACGUGAAGACAAAGAUUCAAGACAAGGAAGGUAUUCCUCCCGAUCAGCAGCGAUUGAUCUUCGCUGGGAAGCAGUUGGAGGACGGGCGUACUCUCGCGGAUUAUAACAUCCAGAAGGAGUCGACCUUGCACCUUGUGUUGCGGUUGAGGGGUGGUAUGCAAAUUUUUGUCAAGACAUUGACGGGGAAGACGAUAACAUUGGAGGUGGAAAGUUCCGAUACUAUUGAUAAUGUAAAGACAAAGAUACAGGACAAGGAGGGCAUCCCUCCCGACCAGCAGAGGCUUAUUUUUGCAGGUAAGCAACUGGAAGACGGUCGUACUUUGGCUGAUUAUAAUAUCCAAAAGGAAUCGACCUUGCAUCUUGUGUUGCGGUUGAGGGGAGGUAUGCAAAUCUUUGUGAAGACGUUGACGGGCAAGACAAUCACGUUGGAGGUCGAGAGCUCGGAUACAAUCGACAACGUGAAGACAAAGAUUCAAGACAAGGAAGGUAUUCCUCCCGAUCAGCAGCGAUUGAUCUUCGCUGGGAAGCAGUUGGAGGAUGGGCGAACUCUCGCGGAUUACAAUAUUCAGAAGGAGUCUACCUUGCACCUUGUGUUGCGGCUGAGAGGAGGCAUGCAAAUCUUUGUCAAGACUCUGACCGGAAAGACUAUCACUCUGGAGGUCGAGAGCUCGGACACCAUUGAUAAUGUGAAGACUAAGAUCCAGGACAAGGAAGGGAUUCCUCCUGACCAGCAGCGUCUGAUCUUUGCCGGCAAGCAGCUGGAGGAUGGUCGCACUCUUGCUGAUUACAACAUCCAGAAGGAGUCAACACUGCACCUGGUGCUGCGCCUUCGAGGAGGAUUUUGAAUGUUCAUUGUCUUUCCUGCUCUAGAGUGCUUCCCCAGAAUUGUUCCCGUGAAGAACUGAAAUGUUCUGACUGUUCAUAUUUUGUGGCAAAUGCUACCGUUCAGUAAACAGGUGACUUCAUUGUAUCUUACAUAAGGUUCUUUAAAUUUGUCUCCCUCCUAUUUCUUGCUUUAGACACGAGCUGUAUGUUGUGCAUUUCAAUCACUAUUACGGUUGAUAGGCUUGCUCACUCUCAUCCGUUAUUUUACUUCCAUUACGAAACAUGACAGGCCUCUGUUGGUUUUGUAGCAUUAACAUAAUUUAUUUAUCUUAUAUAAAAAUGCACAGUUAUGUUUAA